AUGUUCAACCAGCUCCAGCAGCAGCAGCUCCAACAGCACCUGCAGCAGCAGCAGCAGUUGCUGCAGCUCCAGCAGCUGCUGCAGCAGUCCCCACCGCAGGCCUCGCUGCCCAUGGCCAUCAGCAGGGGGCUCCCCCAGCAGCAGCCACAGCAGCAGCUUCUGAAUCUCCAGGGCACCAACUCGGCCUCCCUCCUGAACGGCUCUGUGCUUCAGAGAGCGUUGCUUUUGCAGCAGUUGCAAGGACUGGACCAGUUUGCAAUGUCACCAGCUACGUAUGACAGUACCGGUCUCUCCAUGCCCACAGCAACAUUGGGUAACCUUCGCAGCUACAACCUGGCAACCCCGAACCUGACAGCCCCCAACCUCACACCCCCACAGCUGGCCACCCCGGCUCUACAGCAGUUCUUUCCCCAGGCCACUCAGCAGUCUCUGCUGGGCCCCCCUCCUGUCAGGGUCCCCAUAAACCCCUCCAAGGUCAUGCUUUCAGGGCGGGCCCCCCAGAAGCAGGCCCGGACGCCCCCCUCUACCACCCCUGACCACAAGGAUUCUUCUUCUCAGACGAUGCCUAUGGAAGACAAGGCAGACCCCCCAGAGGGGUCUGAGGAAGCUGCAGAGCCCCGAACGGACACACCAGGCCAAGAUUCUGCUCCCUGCCCAGAUGACGUCACUAAGGAGAAACGCACUUCAGCACCUGAGCCAGAGUUGCAGGAGGCAUCGGAGCCUCCAGCAAAAAGGUCAAAGAGCUCAGAGGAGCCCACAGAGAAGGGACCCUCAGGGCAGCUGCAGGCGAAGGUCCAGCCACAGGCCCGGCUGACAGCUCCGAAGCAGACGCAGACACCGGAGCUGCUGCCCGAGCCCCCGGAGGCCCGAGUACCGCCACGGUUCCCACCGCGGGCUCUGCAGAUGCAGGCCCAGGUGCAGCCACAGACUCAGCUGCAGGCGCCGCCACCGGUGGAUGCCCAGGUGCAGCCAAAGCUGCAGAAGCAGGCACAGACACAGACCUCUCCAGAGCACUUAGUACCACAGCUGUUGCAGCCACAGGCGCAGCUGGUGCAGCCACAGGCGCAGCCACAGCCCCCAAGGCAGGCGCAGCCACAGCCCCCAAGGCAGGCGCAGCCACAGCUGCAGAAGCAGGCACAGACGCAGACGUAUCCGCAGGUCCAGCCAGGAACACAGGCAAAGGCCCAGCCAUCGGAGGAGCCACCGGAGCAACCUCCAGGGCAGUCGCCAGUGCAGCCAUCGGACCAGACCCAGGGGCAAGCUCAGACGCAGCCACAGGUGCCAGCAUCGGAGCAAGCACCUGUUCUGGUUCCUUCUCCUGCGCUGGAGACACCGCCCAAUACUGUAGAAGCUGGAGCAGGCCUGGAGGAGGCCUCACCGGAGCCAGUGGGCGCCCAGGUCAGCAUGGAGGAGAGCCAGGAAGAGCUGACUAGUGGCCUGGAUGUGGGAGAAUGUGAAAAAAGAGCAAGAGAGAUGCUCAGGGCAUGUGGGGCCGGGGGCUCCCUGAAGGUCACGAUCCUGCAGAGCAGUGACAGCCGGGCUUUUAGCACUGUAUCCGUCGCCCCUGGACCCCGUUCCAGCGACUCUACCUCCGCCACCCCGGCUGCCACCGGCACGUCCUCUAAGCAGGCCCUGCAGUUCUUCUGCUACAUAUGCAGGGCCAGCUGCUGCAGCCAGCAGGAGUUCCAGGACCACAUGGCGGGGGCCCAGCACCAGCAACGGCUCGGGGAGAUCCAGCACACAAGCCAGGCCUGCCUCCUAUCCCUGCUGCCUGUGCCCCGGGACGUCCUGGACAGAGAGAACGAAGACCCUCCUCUGAAGCGCUGGUGCAACACCUGCCAGGUCUACUACAUGGGGGACCUGAUCCAGCAUCGCAGGACGCAGGACCACAAGAUUGCCAAGCAGUCCCUGAGACCUUUCUGCACUGUUUGCAACCGCUACUUCAAAACCCCCCGCAAGUUUGUGGAGCACGUCAAGUCCCAGGGGCACAAGGACAAAGCCAAGGAGCUGAAGAUGUUCGAGAAGGAGGCAGCUGGCCAAGAUGAGGAUCACUUCAUCACAGUGGAUGCUGUGGGCUGCUUUGAGGACGACGAAGAUGAGGAGGAUGACGAUAAUGAAGAAGAAGAAGAAGAAGAAGAAGAAGAGAUCGAGGCUGAGGAGGAAUUCUGCAAGCAGGUGAGGUCCAAAGGUAUAUCCAUAGAGGAGUGGAAAGACUCAGAGACCUACAGCCCCAACACUGCCUAUGGCGUGGACUUCAUGGUGCCCGUGAUGGGCUACGUCUGCCGCAUCUGCCAUAAGUUCUACCACAGCAGCUCGGGGGCAAAGAUCUCCCACUGCAAGUCUCUGACCCACUUCGAGAACCUCCAGAAAUACAAGAAGGCCAAGAAGAACCCCAGCCCUCCCGCCAGGCCGGUGAGCCGCCGGUGCGCCAUCACCGCCCGCAACGCCUUGACGGCUCUCUUCACCUCCAGCGGCCGCUCACAUUCCCAGCCCAGCCUCCAGGACACCGCCAAAAGCCCCAGCAAGGUGACGGCCCAGCCUCCCCAGCCCCCGCCGUUUCGGCGCUCAGCCCGCCUCAAAACUUGAUAGGAGAAGCUCCCCACACCCACCCGGUCUGGGCCCAGAUCUAUGCUUUUUAGGAGUCUGCAUGGCAACUUUGACAUGGUAUUUUUACUCAGAAUCCAAUAA